AUGGCUGAUGAUCCAGGCAAGCAUAAGGAUCCAAACAUAGAUGCUAGCGAUGGAGCUGCAGGUGGCAGCAGCAAUGCAGCGACGCCACAAGUGCCAGCUGUUCGCCGGCGUCGUGCGCAUGAGCAGCAACUGGAGGAGCAGCAGCAAAGCAAACAGCUGGAGACAGCUACAGUGACGCGUAGUUAUAUGAAAACGGUUACCACAUCAAUGAGCAGCUCCAGCUGCAGUAACGUGGAUACGCCGCCGCAGCGUCUACGCCAAAGGGUUGAGAAGCACUGGUCAGCUGAGGGUGCAAGCAAACGCGCUGCAGAGCAAAGCGCUGAUGAGCUGCGCCAAGCUGAGCACAUGCAAGUCGAUUAUGAUGCAGAGAAUCCAUAUGAUAUAGAUGUGCAUGAAAUUGAGCGUCGUUUGCGCGAGGAGCGGCAACGUGGACUGGCGGAGGCGGAGGCAGCUAAGCUGGCGUUUCAGCAAAUUCAACUGCGGCACACAUCGACGCCGCAGCGCGUUCAGGUGCACAGCGAGCAGACAGCGAGUCCUUUUAAUGUUACACUGCGCACCACCAGCAAGCUGAGUCCUGGCGCUGAGCUAGAGUCACUGGAGUCGUCGCCUUUUAAUGUCACUUUACGCACUACACGCCGCACUGUUAAAAAGGAUUUGGAGCUGCAGCGUUUUCUGGACAAUGAGCGGCUGGUGCGUGAGGUGCCCGCAGCGGAUGGUGUGCGCACUAUUAUAACCAGCUCCCUAACUAGUGAUGGCGGCUAUGCCAAUGAGCAAAUCUAUCGUCAUGGCGAGGGCUAUGUCUCGCCCAGAGCUUCGCCCAGCUGGUCAAGCAGUGAGCACAGCAGUGUUAGCUCGCCGCAGAGCGUGGAUAUGACUGCUGGCGGCAGACGCAUACUCAUCAAGCUGGAGGAGCAUGAGCUGGAGGCGAGUUGCUCGCAUGAGCGCAGCGUUGAUGAAACUGAUUCCUCGGUGCGCGCACGCAUACGUCAGUUUGGUGGGCAGGAGUCGUCGCCGGCUGCUAUGGCAACAUUGCCUAACAUUGACAUUACUGUGGGUAGCAACCCCAGGCGGCGGCAGCAGCAACAAACAACAACAACAAAGUUGCAGACACCACAACAAGCAACAGAGCAACGGCGUCCAACUGAACUGUCAUGGCAAUCAGCGAUGACGACGACGUCAACGCCAAUUGGCACGAAGCAGUCGCAGGACUCGCCAGUUAGUCCUGUUGCAACGUGCCAAUUGCGCGGUUCUUCAACGCAAGAAUCACGUCGAAUUGUUAGCCACAAAACAACAACAACAACAAAAACAACGCGUACCACUUCAUCCUCAGCGGUUUAUUCCUCCUCCGGCUCGGUUACGCCUACGGGUAAUAUUUCGUUUACGGCUUCACAAAUACGCAUACGCGACGAUAUCGAUAACGAUUCCGAUACAGAGGGCGUGCCGGCAAGCAGUCUUGUUAUCGUUGACACGCCCACGCGCAACACAACGCCCACGCCUCACUCGCUUAGCGGCUUCGGUACUUUCAGCAAGAGUCUGCGUCAGGAUUAUCAGACUCCGUCACAAAGUAACCGCAACGACAGCAACGAACCCGAGCAAGAAUUCAAAGAGUUUCAAUCCACAAUGGCAUCGAUCAAUUUUCAACGCAGCAACUCGCAGUACGAUAGUCACAUUAAAGAGAAGCGAGAGGAGCAAGAACGUGUGCAGAAGAAGACAUUCACUAAUUGGAUUAAUUCAUACCUAUCGAAGCGUGUUCCACCGCUUCGCAUUGAUGAUUUAAUAAACGAUUUACGCGAUGGCACCAAACUGAUUGCCUUGCUCGAGGUGCUGUCCGGCGAACGCUUGCCCGUGGAGAAGGGACGCGUGCUGAGACGUCCUCACUUUCUCAGCAAUGCAAAUACAGCGCUACAAUUCUUGGCCAGCAAACGCAUCAAGCUGGUCAAUAUCAAUCCCGCAGAUCUGGUGGAUGGGAGACCACCAGUUGUGUUGGGUCUGAUAUGGACGAUUAUAUUGUACUUCCAGAUCGAGGAGAAUAGCCGCAACCUAGAAUAUUUGGGUCAUGGUAUUGGCGGUUCGGUUAGCUCACUCGACAGCGUUGGCAAUCAUAAAGCUAGGGGCGACCUCAGGGCUGAGAAAUGGAAGCAAGGUGCUAAGAAGACGUUACUCAAUUGGGUUACCAAUGCCUUGCCGAAGGAUAGUGGAGUGGAGGUGAAAGAUUUUGGCGCCAGCUGGAGAGAUGGCGUCGCUUUUCUUGCACUUAUUGAUGCUAUCAAAGCGAAUCUGGUUAACUUGGCUGAGCUAAAGAAGACCAGCAAUCGUCAGCGCUUGGAGACAGCUUUCGAUGUGGCCGAAAGCAAACUGGGCAUUGCCAAACUACUGGACGCUGAGGAUGUGGAUGUGCCCAAACCGGAUGAGAAGAGCAUAAUGACAUAUGUGGCGCAAUUUUUGCACAAGUAUCCCGAACCAAAGGGUGCAACACGUGACGAGUCACAUGUGCAGCAGGAGGCAAAUGAGCUGCGUCGCUUUCUGGUGGAGAAGACAAACGAAUACGAGCCGCUGGUUAGGUCGAAUGGCUUUCCACGUGACUUUGGCGAAUAUUUGCUGGCACGCUCCGAAGUCGAUGCGCAUUUGCCUGCAUACAAUCGCUUGAAGCAGCUGAUUGAGACGCAGAGCGGAUUUUUGCAAAUAUCACGCAGCGCAUGGGAUGAAAUUAACGAACUCUGGCAGCGGCUGCAUUACCAAAUGAUGUACUGGCUGUGGCUGCUGGACGCAGAGCUGCCCGGCGAGUUUGGUGUGGUGGGCAAGUGGCUUGCCGAAGCGGAGAAGCUGCUAAUGGACAAUGAUAUACCCAAUGCAAUGAAUGAGGAAACUGCUGCUGUCAUCAGUCGCAAGCUGGAGGAGCAUAAGCUGUUCUUUGCCGAUAUGCCACGCAUGCUGGCAAUGUUUGAUAAUGCCAAGCGCACGCCGCUGGCGCAGCAGCUGCCGCUGGAGCAGCUGCGCAAUAUGGAGCGACGACUGCAGCAGGUGGCGCAGCAGGCAGCAGAGCGACGCAUACGUCUAAAGUUUUUGGAGCACAAGUGCUGCCUCAUAGCUUUUCUCAACCUCGUGGAGAACAAAAUGCGCGGCUGGACAGGCAAAUAUGGGCAGGAGGAAAAGGUGGCGCAGCAGCUGGAGCAGUACAAGAAUUUUGUGUCGCGCAACAAAAUAUUCCAAGAGUUCCAAAAGGCUUUUGUGGAUAUGCAGCAGGUAGUGGAUGAAUACAAGCGUGAGGGCAAUGUGCCGCAUAAGGAAAGCAGCGAUAUAGAUCGCUUUAUGUACGAAACUGAGGAGCGCUGGAAGCGUGUGUCCAUGGAGCUUAAAUGCUGUCAGAAUUCACUGGAGGAGGUGGUCAACUGCUGGCGCAAUUGGAAUCAGCUGGCGCCCAGCUGCGAGGAGUGGCUAAUGCUAGCCGAACAGCAGCUGCAGCGCAGCGAGGAUGAGCGUCUUGAGUUCUUCCAGGACAUCAGCGUGUGGAAGGAUAAAUUUGAUGCGCUUGCAAAUGCAGCUAAUUAUUUGAUUGCUAGCUGCGAGGAGCCCAUUGCGCAGCAGCUGCGUCAGCGACAUGGCGCGCUGGCUGAGCGAUUUGAGCGUCUGUUUGCCAGCACCAAGCAGUAUAUGCAUGCUGGCGAUAUAAUACGCUCGCGUCAGGAAUACAAAUCGGGCAUUGAGCAGCUGUCCAAGUGGCUGCGCGGCGCUGAGUCGCUGCUCGAUCAGCGUCAGCUGCUGAGCAAUAGCGCAGACAUACGUCGCUAUGGCGAGCAGCUGCAGCAGCUUGCCAGCGAGCUGGACAACAAUGAGGAGCUGUUUAAGCACAUCAGUCGCACGUUCCAGUCGCUUAUACAGGAUUUGUCGCGCGAUGAGGUGGACAAAAUGAUGAAGCUGCUAAAGCAGGAAAAGGAAUCGCUAGUGCGCAUACGCGCGCAAAUGCCAGCCAAGCUGCAUCUGAUCAAUCAGCUGCAAAUACAGCAAGAAUCGCUUGAGGCAGGCCAAAAGGAAAUUCAUCAAUGGCUAAGCGAAGCGGAGCAGCUGCUGGCCACACAUAAUCUUGGCGCUCAGACGCUUAAUGAGCAGCUACACAAACAUAAAACUUAUUUCUCACGCACUGUUUACUAUCGCUCCAUGCUGGAGAGCAAAAACAAAGUGUUUCAAAAUCUGCUUAAAGCGGUCGCUAGCGAUGAUAAAAUCGACACAACGCCCGCCGCUCAGCAAAUGCAGCAGCUCAAUGAGCGCUUCAAUUAUGUUAUACAGAACGCGCAGCAAUGGGAGCAGCGCUUCAAUGAUGCCAACGCUGGCUGGUCGCAGUUCAAGGAUCAUGAGCGACUCGUAAGCGAUUGGCUUAGCCAAGCAGAGUCCAUGCUGCUGGAGCAGCGCAUUGAAUCCAAAACAACAAUUGAAACACAAAAGUAUUUCUUUGAGCAAAUCAAUGAGCGCUGGAUGAGCGAUUUAGUGCAGUCCGCUCAACAGCUGCUGAAUACGCUGCCCGCACCGGAGCAACCUUCAGUGGUGCAGUCAGUGGAGCAGCUGCAAAAACGCUGGCAGCAUGUGCUUAACCAAGCGCCGCUGCAUCUGCUGAAGCUCGAGUUCCGUUUGGAUGAAAAUGCAUUCUAUCAAACGCUCAAGGAUGUUGAGAAGGAAUUGCAGCUGGAGCAGCAAGCGCUAAAUCGCAAUGAGGAUGUCGACUCCAUACUGCAGCGUAAUCAGCAAUUUUUGCAACAAGCUUCAGCUGUGCCGCGUCUCGAGCAGUGUCUGCAGAACAUGCAACGCUUAGCUCAAGCGCAUCGCCAACAGCAACCCACUGAUAUUAGUUUGGAUCAGGCAUAUGACUCAGCUAAGUCGCAAUGGCAGCAAAUGUCCAGCAAACUCGCAGAUAUGCGUCAAACUCUGCAGCAAAUUCCUGCUCAAUGGCAGGGCUAUCAUCAGAAGUUCGAUGAAAUGAUCGGUUGGAUGAACAGCGUCGACCAGAGCUUAAAGAAUAUUGUCAAUGAGGUUAACACCAUGGAGGAGUUCGAAAAGGAGAAGGUUGUUUUCCAGAAAAUCUGCCAGGAUGCAGAUAACAAACGUGAGGACAUGAAGUGGCUGGUGAAGACGCUGGACUCACUGCUCGGCUUUGCUAGCGAGUCGGAGGCGAAUAUGGAGCAGAAGAAACUGGAAGAUUUAAUUGCACGCUACAAGAAUUUAAUACCAACAAUUGAGAUAACAAUGGUGAAGACUGAAGUCUUCUCCAAGUGCUACACAUACCGACGCGAGGUGCAUGAGGUGGUUUGCCUGUUGACCAAGGUGAAGGACCAGACAGCGAACAUACCAGCGCCCGAUAGUUUGGAGCGCGUGAAUCGCCUAAUCGAAGAGCAGCAGUAUGCGAUUAAUCAGCUGGAUCAUCAGCGUCCACACAUAAUGUCGAUGCUGCAGCGUGGUCGCGAUCUGAGCAAGGAUGUGCAUGCGCCAGCGUUUGUCAACACUGAAGUGAAGAAUCUGGAGACGGGCUGGACGCAAGCUUACACCGAAAGCGCUGAUAAGCUGGAGGCGCUGAAGGGCACGCAAGCAGUGUGGACUGAGUUUGUGGAUCAGAAGAAUGAUAUAUUCUCCAUGCUGCAAACGGCGGAGACUGAGCUGCGUGCGCUGACGCCGCUGCAAACAGAUCCCAAGAAUGUAAGCCAGGAUUUGAAGUCGAAGCGGGAUUUGAAUGUGCAACUGCAACAAGCGUCGCAGCAGCUGCUGCCCAAACUGCAUGCGCUAAAGGCGGAGCUAGCGCCAAUGGCUGCAGCAGACAAGCGUCCCAUACUGGAGAAGGAAAUUAAAGAGGUGGAGAAAAUGUUCUUUAAUACAAUGGAGCAUGUGAAGGAUCGCGUGGGUUACCUUGAAGACUACAGCGCUAAAUGGAACAACUACAAGACGCGCCUGGCUGAGCUACAGGAAUGGGCCAACAAAGUGGCGCCCAAGAACAUUGAAGCGCUGCAAUCCGAAGAUUUAACGCCCGAGGAGCGCGUGGUUAAGGUGCAAGCGUUCAAGCGUGUGCUGGGCGAGCGCAUGAAGCAACUGGAUCUACUAGCUGCUGAUGCUUCAGAGCUUGCACCCAAGGAGGGCAACAUAGCUGAAGCCAAGCGCCUCAAAGGUGAAAUUAGCAAACUACAAGAAGUUUUGAGCGCCAUUAAUCGCAAUGUGGAUCAUCAGUCGCAAGCAGUGCAGGAAGAUCUGGUGAACUGGCAGCAAUUCCAAGCGGGUCUGCAGCAAAUCAAACCCGCGGUGGAGCAAAGCGAAGUCAAGGUAAAUAACGUAGUUAGUAAGCCACAAACACUUGAUGAAGCCGUUGCCAUGCAACACAAUGCCAAACAAUUUGAAACCUCAUGUCUGGAGCAGCUGGACAAGCUUCAGAACAUCUCAAGCAUUAGUCAUAAAAUGUUAUGCAAAACCAAUGCCCCCGAUGAAUUAGAUGCAAUGCAAUCCCGCUGGACAGCGGUGCAUGAGAAUGCCAAGCAGGCAAGCUCAAAGCUGGAGCGUCUAGUGAGCAACUGGCAGUCGUUCGAUAAUGAUGCAGCCAAGCUGGAGCAGUGGAUUAAUCAAGGUGAAUCCACAAUGAGCAAACGUCCCGCAAUGUUAAGCACGCCGCAUAUUGAUAAACUGGAGCAGGAGCUGGUUAGAUUAAAGUCGUUUAAUAAUGAAAUUUCACAGCAGCAGGCAAAGCUUGUAGCGCUGGGACAGAAUGCAGAUCAAAUUAGUUUGCAUGUAGCGCCAGAGGGCGCCACUGCGCUCAAGCAACGCGUGCAGCAAAUGAAAAGCAAACUGGCCAAGCUGUCGGAGCUAACACGUGGCCACAUCAACGAAGUAUCCGAUGCUAUAAUAUCUAGGCAGGAUUUCAAUGCAAAGCUAGUAAACUUUAGCAACUGGAUGGAGCAGCUGCGUCAGCAGCUAGCACAAGUGGAGGAGCUGAAUCCGGAGCGUGUGGAAACAAGUUUGCAGGUGGUGCAUGCGCUGCUGCAGGAACAUGCGGAUAAGAAGCCAAGCUUCAAUGCUAUAUACGAUGAGGUAAAGCAGCUCACGUUGGGCGCCACGCCUGCGGAAUCAAAUGCGCUCAACGAUGCGUACACAGCGCUGGUAGUGAAUUAUCAGAAUUUGGAAAGCAAUUUGCAGCAGAAGAAGCUUGCGCUGGAAAAAUGGACAGAGCUGCUGAACUGGAAACACGAUACGGAAUCGCAUUUGAAUUAUUUAAAGCAUCAGCUGGACAAGCCGGAAGCACUAGCAGUAGCGGAGCUGCAGCAGCUAAGCGACGAACUGCAUAAGCUAAGCGACGGACUCAACUAUGCGCGCAGCUUAGCGCAGCAAAUCGAUGAGUUGCCUGCUGUGCAGCUGCGCGAUGCGCUAAGUCGCAAACCGUUGAUAGCCACGCAGCUGCUGCACGAUGUGGAGCAUAAGCUGGAGAAUCUUAAGCUGCGCGCGCAGCAGCAGCAGCAGCAACUGCAGCAAAUGACAGUGCGCAAGGAUAAAUUUCAGCAGCUGGAGCAGAGCUUUGGACAAACGCUGCAGCAGCAUAGCGACAAGCUGGCGCAGCUGCUUAGCCAGCCGCCUACGCUACAAAAUAUAGAUCAAAUUAUAGCGGAUUUGGUAGCGCUCAAUGCUGCACUGCAGCAGCAGCAGGAGCUAAAGCAGCGCAUACAUGAUGAGGGCGCGCUGUUAAUGCGCGAGGACAUUGCCAGCAUGCCUGCGAUACAGGAAAGUUUACUGCAACUGGACAAAAACUAUGAAACGCUGCAGCAUGAAAUCGCGCAGCGCAUACAAAAAUAUCAGUUAAUCAGUCAAGCGCUGCGCGAAUACGCAGCAAGUCAGCAAAAGUUUGAGCAGGAGCUGCUCAAAGCGGAGCAGCUAUGCCAAAGCCUAAGCGAACUGCCGCGCGACGAAACGCAGCUGCAGCAGGCAAGCGAACGCAGUCGCAAGUGUUUGGAGCAGCUGCGACGCAGCAAACUGCAGCUGGAUGAGCUUGAGCGACGCGGCAAUCAUGUGGGCAAACUAUUUGAAGCCAUAGGCGAACCAAUGCCGCUCAGCGUGCCCGCCGAGCUGGCAGCAGCCAAACAGCGCUGGCAGCAGCUGCAGGAGCAGGCGGCCAAGCACGCGCAGCUUUACGAUGCGGAAACUGUUAUAUGGUCACAGCUGGAGGAUGCCAAAAAGGAUUUGCUGCCCUGGCUAAGCGAAAUGAAUCAAAGUCUAAGCGAUGCAGCAGACAAUACGCUCGAAAUUGAAUUUGCGCCCAUGCGUCUAAGCAAAUAUCGCGCAGAGCUGCCCGCUUACGAGCAGCUGCAGUCGGCCAUAGCGCAAAAAGCGCAGCAGCUGCUUAAGCUGAACAACAAUGUGGAGCUGCCCACGCUGGCAACGCUGCAGCAGCUGCUUGCCGAGCAGUUUGCAGAGCUAGCGGCAAACGCGCAGCGUCUAAGCGUCAUCGCUAGCUCGUUCAAUGAGCAGGAGCAAGCGCUGCGCGCGCGUGUUAAACACGCAGGCGAGCAGCUAAGCAAACUGCGUGAGCAGCUAAUCAAAUGCGAUGAUAUGUCGGGCGAUAAUGCAAAGAUAAUGCAGCGUUUGCUGCAGUGUCGCGCACACAGAGCGCAGCUGGCAACACAAGGCGACGAUUUAGAAAACAUAAAACAGCAGCUCGAUGAGCUGCGUGCGCUAUAUCCAAGUUUUAGCGAGUCUAUAAUACCCAAGGAGCUUUCAAAUGUGGCAAAGCGUUACGAGGGCGUUGAAAGUUAUGGCAAAAAGAUUGAAGCAACGCUGCUGCAGUUCCUCAAAAAGUUUCAUGCGGACAAGGUGGGCAUGCUUAAGCGAUUAAUAGCAACACAAAAGGAAAAGGUCGCUUGGUGUCAACCUGAAACAAGCAGCGAUAAAUACAAUUUGGAUGUAAAAAAGUCGUCUCUAUUAGAGGUAGCCAAAGCGAUUGAUGAAUGUGCUGCGCGACAUGCGGAAACGCUCAAGUCGCUUGAAAUGCUGCAAGCGCUGGAAACACCAGAAGCGCUCGCUGAGCUGCACAGCGAUGCGCAACUGCUGCAGGCUGAAAUGACGCAGCUGCAGCAAAGCUAUGCGCAAGUGCAAGCAGAGCUAAGCGACAAUGUUGAGCUAUGGGCGGCUUACGAGCAGCAUAAUGAGCAGUUGUGCAGUUGGCUGCGCGAUGCUGAAACGCGCGUUAAAGCAGAAACUGCUGCGCAGCUGCAGCUGGCAGAGCUGCCGUCAAAGCUGCAGCAGUUGACAGUGCUGCAGUCACAAGUGCUGGAGCAGCAGCCGCAGCUGCAGUCACUGGAGCGCACAGCAGCGCAGCUUAUGGCCAAAAAUCCUGAAGCGCGCAUAGCGCAAUUUGUGCAGCAUUUGCAGCAACGCUAUCAAACAGUUAACAAAACGUUGGCAGCGCAUAUAGCCAAAGUGCAGCAGGCGCAGCUGGCGCAGCAGCAGUUUGGCCAAGCGGCAAAACAGUUCGCUGAAUGGCAAAGCGAUGCUAAAAUUGAAUUUCAGGAGCUUGCGCGCAUGGGCAGCCCUGGCAGCAGCUCAGCUACAGCGCAGCAGCUGCAAACCAUAAAGCGCUAUGUAAACAGCUUAGAUAAUGGCCAACUGCUGCUGAAUAAUGCGCUGGAUAUAGCUGAUACGCUAUACGCGAUUGUAACGCCCGAGCAGCGCGAAUUGCUGCGCGCGCAGCUGCGACAAAUGCGUGAGCAAUUUGAUUAUUUACGCGAUGAGGCGCAUGCGUUAAUGCAGCAAGUGGAGGGCGUGUUAAUACAAAAAACAAGCAUUGAGGAAAGCUAUAGCCAAGUGUCGCAUUAUCUAAGCGAAAGUGUAGCUAAGCUGCAGUCAGCAGCGCAGCUGUACGCAACGCUUGCUGCCAAGAAAUCAGCGCUGCAGCAGCACAAAACGCAGCUGCAGGAAAUUACGCUACACAAAGCAGCGCUGCAGCAGCUACACGACAAAGCAGUAGCGCUAUGCGAUGAUGAAUCGGAGCGUAAGACAGAGCAGUCCAUAGCGCAGUAUAGCAAGCUAGCGCAGCAGUUAAGCGAACGCAUAGCGACAGUCGCGCAGCAUGUGGCCAAACAUGAAAGCUACGAGCAGGUGCUGGAAAAAGCGCAAGAUUGGCUCAACACCAUCAAAGCGCAGGCGUUGGACAUUCUAAAUGAAAACGCUUAUGAAAAAGAAGGCGCUGAGGAAAAACUUGCAGUAGUUGAAAAUUUGCUGCAGCAGCAGCCCGAAGGUGAUGCAAUCUUUGCCAGCUGUCAGUCACUGCUAGACACAGUGUUAAGUCAAACUCACACAGAUGGACACGCAGCUUUAUUGGCCGCACUGCAGUCACCAAAAUCUGCUUGGGAUGCGUUCAUGCUGCUUUGCCAGGACUCGCUUGUUAAGCUCAAGCAGCUUUGCUGCAAAUGGAAUGAAUUUGAUGCUAUCAUAGCGCAGCUGUCUAACUGGCUUACGCAAGUGGAAUCGGUGGUUAAAAAUCAAAGUCUAAAAAGCACUGCAGCUGCCAAGCAGCAGCAUUUGCAGCAGCUGCAGCAACUGCAGCAGCAGAUUGUAGAACGCGGCAGCGAACUCAACGCACUGCUGGAGCAAGCGCGUGAAAUUGAUGCUGAAACUGAUUUGAAUCUCAAACUUUCACGAUUGCACACGCGCUAUCAAACGCUUACAAAUGCAUGCAAAGAAGCCUGCAGCAAAUAUGUGAACUAUGUGAAGGAUCAUGCUGCAUUUGAUGCUGACUUUGAUGCAUUUAAAGCAGCGCUGCAUUCAAGCAGCGCGCAGCUGGCGCAAACUCAGCACAGCACAGGCGAUCAUGCGGUGUUGCAGCAGCAGCAGCAGCAGCUGCGCGAUAUGUGCGAUGCGCGCAGCGCCGACGCCACACGCUUUGAGUCGCUUAUCGAACGCGGCGAAAAGUUAUACGCGCACACAAGUCCUGAUGGGCGUGAGCUCAUACGACAGCAGCUGCGUGCGCUGCGCAGUCUUUGGGAUAACUACACAGAUGAUUUAACUGCAGCUAGUCAGCAGCUGGAGCAUUGCCUGCUGCAGUUCAAUGAGUUUAGUGUGGCGCAGGAACAGCUAAGCAAGUGGCUUAAGGAUGUGGACAAAGCCAUGCAGUCGCACACAGAGCCAAAGACAACGCUGCAGGAGAAACGCGCGCAGCUGCAAAAUCACAAGCUGCUGCAUCAGGAAAUAAGCAAUCAUCAUUUGUUAGUAGACAAUGUGUGUGAUAAGGCGCAGCUACUAUUACAACAAAUCAAGGAUAAUUCAUUGCAAAUAUAUCUUGAUUCCAUUAAGCAGCUAUUCCAAGGCAUUGUAGCCAAGUCUGCUGAUAUUUUAGCCAACUUGGAGCAUUGCGUGCAGCAGCAUAGCGAACUAAACGCUGCGCUUGCUGCUGCCAAAAGCUGGUUGUCCAACGAAAAGACCAAACUGCUGGAAUGCGAUGAUGCUUAUGGCGAACGCGCGGAUAUUAAACGCAAGCUGCACACGCUGCAGCAAUUGGCGCAGGCACAAGCGCAUGCAGCGCAGCUGCUAAGCGACUUGAGCGCACAGCACGCGCAACUGCAGCCUACAACAUCGGAUAGGGGCAACGAGCUGCUGGCAGCGGAGCUAACCGAGCUGCAAACUUCAGUGCAAUGUCACUUUGAUGACAUCGAAGGCAUUGAGCGCAAGCUGCAGGAAGUGCACGCCGAUUGGCUUAAAUACGAAGCGACGCUGGAGCAGCUGUCCAGCUGGUGUCGCGCAGCCGAAAGCGUUUUUCGCGAGCAGCCGCUGCAGAGCACACUGCACGAAAAAGUGGAGCAGCUGGAGAAAUAUAAAAUACAACGUGAGCUGCUGCUGCAGCAAGAGCGACAAAUUGAUGCAUUUGGCGAUAUGGCGCAUGCGCUGCUCAACAGCUGCGGCGCUGAGCGACUCAAAACGCAUGCCACACAGCUAGCGAAUCGCUAUCAGUUGCUGCAAGUGUUGAGCAAGGAAGUGGUUAAUCGCUGGUGCAAUCUUGUGGACGAGCAUCAGCUGUAUCAGGAUAAAUACAAUGAAGUCGAUUUAUGGCUGCAGCCCAUAGAAGCGCAGCUGGAGAAAGCGCUGCUUUCAGAGCCCGCAGCGCGUGCAAAUGUGUUGCAGCUGCUGCUGGCAGAGCGUGAGCGUGCAGAGCAGCAAUUUGCAGCGCUUAAUGCUGCAGCGGAAAAAGCGCUGCCCGAAACUUCAACGCAGGGCAGAGAAAAGCUGCGCAAACAGCUGCGCGACAUACGCGAGCGCUGGGAUCAGCUGGACGAGCGCAUACGCGCGCUCGAAAAGCAGCAACAAGCGCAAACUGUGCAGUUGUCCAGUUAUCAGGAUAUUCUAACACAACUGCUCAACUGGCUGGAGCAGCAGGAAAAGCAGCUGCAGCUGGAGCAGCCAGCAAGCUGGACAAGCGCGCAGGAAAUACGCUCAAAGAUUUAUAAAUACAAAGCAGCCAAUCAGGACAUAGCAUCGCAUAAGCGUGUGCUCGAAGCUGUAAGCGAAAAAGCAGCAGCGCUUAAUGAGCCUGUAGUGGAAGUUAAUGCGCGCUAUGAGCGCUUAGCGCAGCAAUGCGCGCAGCUACUCCAAGAUUUGGAAGCCGCUUACGAUGUAUAUCAGCAAUUUAGUGAGCUGCAAAAAGCGCAGCAGGAUUAUCAAAAGAAUCUGUGGGAUCGCUUAGCAGGCUACUCGGACUAUUCGGGCAACAAAGCAGCGCUGCAGGCGCGUUUACAAAAACUUGUGGAGCUGCAGGAUGCGCUGCCUGAGGGCAGCGCUAAGCUUAAGCUGCUGCAGCAGCAUAUCGCGCAGCAGGCAGCGUCUAUACCUGCGCGCUCCAAAGAAAAUAUGACGCGCGAUGCGGCCAAUUUGCAAGCGGAUUAUGAAAAGUUUGCAGGCAGUUUGGCUGAUGUGCGUAGUGGACUGGAGCAGCGUUUGCAGCAAUGGCAGGAGUACGAGCUUAAUGUAGAUCGCUUAAUCAGCUGGCUAAGCGAAGCUGAAAACUCGCUUAAGAAUUACAAUUUGCGCAACAGCUACGAGGAAAAGGAGCAGCAGCUGCAGCUGUUCCAAGCGCUUACCCAAACGCUGCGUCAAAACGAAGCAGACUUUGAGCAAAUGAAGGAUCAAAGCUCCGAGCUGGUGCAGAGCUCAGGCGAAACGCGCAUUGCUGUGAAUGUGCAGCAGGUGUCGUCACGCUUUCAAUCCAUACAAGCGACAGCUAAAGAAAUAUUGAAAAAAUGCGAGCAAGCAGUGCAGGAGCAUGCGCAGUUUAAUGAAAAGUAUAAGCAAGCAGCUGAUUGGCUGGCGCAAGCGCAGGCGCGCUACGAAAACUGCAGCGAGCUUGACAGCGUAGCAGCGCGCGAGGAGCUGCUGCAAAAGCAGCAGCAAAUACAGGAGCUGCUGGCGCAGCAGCCAACAGCGUUGCAGCUGCUCAAUAGCACAGUGGAGCUGGGCGAAAAGUGUUACAGCUCGACGGCAAGCGAAGGACGCGAUGCGAUACGCGCGCAGCUGGACGCGCUCAACUAUGAGCAGCUGUACGACAAUGUGCAAGCGACAGCGCGCAAGCUGCAGGAUAAAUUAGCCAAAUGGUGUGGCUUUGAUGAAACUGCGCAGCAGCUGGACACAUGGCUAAGCGAUUUGGAGCAAGCGCUGCCCAGCGAUAUAGAGCUGCGCACUACGCUCGACGAAAAGCGCAGCAAGUUGCAAAACUAUCGCGAUGCGCUCAACGACAUUAACAAUCAUCAGUUAUCGCUAGCGAAUUUACAAGAAAUUGCAGCCAAUUUGCCAGAGCAAACGCCGCAGGUCGCGCAGCUUGCCGCACGCUUUGCUAAGCUGCAGCAGCGCGCGAAUUCAUACGUUGAGCGUUAUGAAUGCAUUGUAAGCGCUCAUCAGCACUACAGCAAAGCGGUAAUGGAAGCGCAGGAGUUUAUGGAUGCUACGCAAAAUACUGUGCACUAUUGGGGCGACUUGGAGCUGGAGCAAAUGUCGCUGCACACGAAUUUGGAUCGCUUGCGGCAUCAGCAGGCGAGCUUGGCUGAUGAAUUUCCGCGCGUCGAUCAAGUGCGUGCGCUGGGCGAAAAGGUUAUACCAGGCACAGUGCAGUCGGGACAGGUGAACAUCAAAGCGCAAAUUGAUAGCACGCAGCAGGAGUGGGAAAGUUUGUUGGCCAGCAUAGCGGCUACCAUUGAAGCUAUUGAAGCGCGUCUAGCGCAAUGGGCAGAAUAUGAGCAGCUGCGCGAUUGUUGCCUCGCUUGGCUGCGCGACACAGACAAUGCGCUGCAUGCUAUUGAUUUGAAGGAAAGUUUGUGCAGCAAGCGCGCGCAGCUGGAGCAGCUUAAGUCACUGCAAGGUGAAGUGCGCGCCAAGGAGCUGGAAGUGGAUAAUGUUACCGAAAAAGCGCAAACGCUGCUCAAGAGCGGCGCAUCUAGUCGCGCUGCUGGCCCCGAACUUGUUACCAAAUAUCAGCAAAUCUUUCAUAAGGUUAAGGAUCUGCAUCAGCGCUGGCAGCAAUAUGUGGCCAGUCAUGCGGACUUUGACAACAGUUUGCAGGACUGCAGCAGCUGGAUUGCUGGCAUUCAACAGCAGCUGCAGUACUGCGCAGAUCAGUCGAGCAUGAGUCAAAAGGAGCUGGACAAGAAGUUGUCCAUCAUACAGGAUGUUAUACUGCUCAAGGAUGAAGGCUGCGCGCGUGUGCUUAAAGUGCUGGAGCAGGCGCAACAUGUGCUUGCAAAUACAGCGCCAGCUGGACAUGAGCCCAUCAAUCGACAGCUAGCGGAGCUGCAGCAGCUUUGGUCCGACAUAGCGCUGCGCAUUAUGGACGUCAAGGCGCAGCUAGAUGAUUCUAUUACACAAUGGUCUGGCUUCCUCGAUCAAGUGCAAACAGUGCGUAAAUUCAAUGAUUGGUUGCAUACGCUGCUGCAGGAGCUUGGAGAGCAUCAAACUACAAUGACAGAGAAGCGUGCGCAGCUGGAUCGUGUCAAGAGCACAGAGGAAAAAGUGCGCGUUGAAAAGAUUGAUGUGGAUGCGUUGAAGCUGCAGGCGCAGGAAAUGAUUGCAAGUGGUCAGCAAAGUCAAGCGGCGUAUCAAGCGCAAAAAGUGCUCGACAAUUUUGAUGCGCUGUACACACAAACGCAAAAACUGCUUUCCGAUCGUCAGGAUCAGCAUCGUGAUCAUCGUUUAUAUAAAGAAGCCUACGAUGAUUUGGUUAGCUGGAUAAGUCGCGCGCGUGAAAAGUUUCCAGCGCUUAAGCAAAGCAGCCUAAGCGAUAAGCUUGCUAUUGAAAAUGCUGUGCAGGCUACGGAAGCGCUGCUCAAUAAGCAGGCACAAGGUGAGCUGCUCGUCGAGCAUCUGGUGCAUACUGGCGAGGUGGUGCUUGCAUCCACCUCAACUCAAGGUCAGGAGAUUAUACGCAAUGAUAUACGCGCGCUGCGCGAUAGUUUCGAAAGUCUGUUCCGCGAAAUUAAUCAGCAAAAGGAAAGCUUGGAGGUUACCAUGGUGCAGUGGCGCGCCUAUAAGGAAGAGUACGAGCGUCUUAUGGAAUGGCUGCAGCAAAUUGAUAUUUUAGUUAAAAAUCACAAGCUUAAUCUCUGCUCCAAUCUGCCGGAGAAGCAGAAGCAGGUGCAGGACAUGCGCAGCAUAUUGGAGCGUUUGGAAAAUGGCAAAUCAGACAUCGAUAAAUUCCAUGCCAGCGCUGCAGGUUUGCUCAAAUCCCAUUUGGAUAGCUAUGUCAACAAUCAGCUGCGUCAUCUAAGCUCAGUGUAUCAGGUGCAGGUUAAUCUUGCCAAGGAUGUGCUUAAGAAAGUCGAAACCAACUGCGAUCAGCAUGCGGAAUACGAUGCGAAUAUGCAGUCGGCACAGCAAUGGAUUGCCAAUGCCAAGCAGACUAUACAGUCGGCUGGUGAAGGCGCCGGCGCCAAGGAGGCACUGCAGCGUCGUCUGGAGCAAAUUCAACAGCUCAUACGCAAUCGCGAGGCGGGACAGAAUCUGGUGCACACUGCCAUCAACAAUGGUGAAAAGAUUAUACGCAAUACGCGCUCCGAUGGACGCGAUGCCAUCAAUAGCGAAAUGAAGGAGCUGCAAACGGAAUGGGAUCGUCUGGUCAAGAAAAUGUCCAAUGCCAAGGUGCAGCUCGAAACGAAUCUGCUUCAGUGGGCAGACUACAGCUCCAGCUACACACAGCUGCAGCAAUGGAUUACGGAUCGUGAGGCCAAACUGCAGCAGGCGUGCGAGCAAAAGAUUGCCAAAUCGCAGCGUGGUCAGCCUGGUCUAAGCAGCGGCUUGAGCGAGCGCAAAGCAAAUCUGCGUCAGACCAACAACAUAGUGCAGGAUAUUGUAAGCUUUGAGCCCAUGAUACAGUCGGUUGCCUCCAAGGCGUCGGAUCUGCAGCAAGGCGCGCCCGCUAGCGAAAUCUCUGACAAGUACGAGUCGCUUACCAAGCAGGCCAAGCAGCUGUAUGAUAAGCAAAAGAAUACCAUCGAUAGCUAUCAGGCUUUGAUUGAUGCGGGCAAUGAGUUUGCCAGCUGGCUGCGCAAUGCCAAGGAGCGCCUCAGCAAGUGCUCCGAACCCACGGGCGACAAGCAAGCGCUGGCGGAGAAAACGCAUCAGCUGAAAAUACUGCAGGGUGAGGUGCCCGAGGGUGCGGAGAAACUAAAGAGCGCGCUAACUCAAGGUGAAAUUGCUUGCCGCACUGCUGAGCCCGAGGAUUGCGCCAUAAUUGAGGAGGAAGUAGCGCUGCUGCAAGAGGAAUUCGACAGCUAUGUAGAGGCGCUAAAUAAGGCAAAGGAUUACCUCGAGGUGGGCAUUGUCAAGUGGUCCGACUAUCAGGAGCAGUAUACCGAAGCGCUGGAAUGGUUAACCAAAACGGAAACCCUUGUGCAGUCCUACAACAAGCUGCAGGAUAGUCUUACACAAAAGAAAAUUGUGCUGGAGGAAUUCCAGGGACAUCUGCAAACGCUCUUCGACUGGCAGAAGACCUUGGAUCAUUUGAAUAUGAAGGCGCAGCUGUUGCUCGAGACUUGCUCCGAUACGCGCAUUAGCAAUGCCAUAAUGCAAUUGACCACCAAAUACAAUGCGCUGCUUACGCUGGCCAAGGAGGUAAUGCGUCGUCUGGAGCUUCACUAUCAGGAGCAUCAGCAGCAUCAUACGCUCUAUGAGGAGUGUCAGUCAUGGAUUGAAAAUACGCGCGAAAAACUUGCGGAAUGCGAGCAAAUUCCUGGCACACUCUCGGAGGUGCAAAUCAAACUGAAUACAGUAAAGAAUCUGCGUCAAGGCUUUGAAACAGGGCAAAACAAGCUGCGCUAUUUGCUCGAGUUAAAGGAGAAGGUCAUUAUGAAUACGGAACAGCAGGGUGCGCUUAAGGUGCAAGAGGAUACCGAAACCCUAAAGCAGGACUUUGAGAAACUGUUGCUCGACCUCAACGAAGUGCGUCAACAGCUUGCGAAUCGUUUGGCGCAGCUGGAGGAAAUCUUUAAGCUGUACAAACUGCUGCUGGAAUGGCUGGAGGAUGUUGAGCCCAGCGUCAAGUCAAGCGAUGCUUAUUUGAAUGAUCUAAGCGAAAAACGCGCAGCGCUGGAGAAAUUCCGUGUCAUACAACGCGACAUCAAUGGCCAUACGGAUAUUGUAGAGAAAAUACAGGAGCGCGUGCGUGAGGAUGCCAGUUUGGAUAGCCAGGACUUCCAGCCUGGACUCGCGCGCUUCGAGCAGCUGCAGGCGCAGGUUAAUGCCACUAUCGAAUCGCUGGAGAAUCAAGUCAAUAGCCAUGAGAAAUACAAGCAGGCCUACAAUGAGCUGCAGGAUUGGCUGCGUCGCACACGCAUCGAUGUGGAGCAGUGCGCCGAUUGUCAUGGCGAGAAGGAGCAAGUGGAGCAGCGUCUUAAUCACUUGGGCGAUCUGCAAGCCGCCUCCAUGGAGGGCAAAGCGCUGCUCGAUGCCUGCGUUGAGCUUAGCCAAGCGGUCAUUGCCACCAGCGGCAACGAGGGUCAGGAUAAUGUAGCGCAGGAAAUCAAACAUCUAACCAGCGAAUGGGAGACUAUGCAGAGCUUGGCGCGCGAUGCGCGCAGCAGUCUGGAGCAGUGUCUGGCCGCCUGGCAGGCGUUCCUGCAGCAGUUCAACAAAAUCAAUCUAUGGAUUGUCAACAUGAGCAAGCGUGUGGCCAAGUCGCAGGAAGCGGAAAACAAAACCACCGAAGAUUUGGCCCAUGCCAAGAAACUGCUGGAGGAAGUGCUGGCGGAGAAGGAAACAGUCGAAGAUCUGAACGACAAUUGUGAGCUGCUGAUGGAGCAAAGCGCCUGCACUCGCAUACGCGAUCAGACAAUCGAAACGCAAGCCAAUUAUACCAAACUGUUGACUUCGGCUCAAGGACUGGUGGCCAAGAUCGAAAAGAAUCUGUCCGAUCAUACCGAGUUCCUCAACUACAAGAAGGAAAUGGACGAUUGGAUAGAGCGUGCACAGCAAGUGCUCAACGAAUGCAGCAACGAUGGCGAUGCCGCUGUCAUUGCUCAAAAGCUGGAAACUGUUAAUUCGCUGUCCUCACGCUUGCCGGAGGGACAACACCUGCUGGCCAUGGUACAGGAUGCCUAUUCAAAGGCCUCCAAUAUAACACCCGAGGAGAAGCAGGAGAAACUGCGUGAGCUGAUGACAACAGUGCGCGAGGACUGGGACGCGUUGGGACUGGCUGUCAAGGAGAAGCUUAGCGACUUGAAGCAGGCACAGCAUCGCUGGAUUGACUUUGCUGCCAACAGAGACAAGCUGGACAAGUGGUUGAGCGAAACGGAGCAAACGCUGAAGACAGCGCCACAGACAAAGGGCGAGCUGAGCGAGAUGAAGACGCUGCUGGAGCGCUACAAGACGCUGGCCAACGAGAUCAAGCAGAAGGCCACAGAGCUGGAGCAGCUGCAGUCAGAGGCGCGUGAACUGGGCACCGAAGUUGAUGCCGUAAAUCGUUUGCAGUCGCGCUGCGAUAAGCUGAAGCAGGACUGUGCUGGCUACUUGAAGGAUCUGGAGCAGGAGAUGCUGGACUACAAUGCGUACCAUCAGAAUCUGCAGGAUGUAGAGAAAUGGCUACUGCAAAUUUCGUUCCAAUUGAUGGCGCACAAUUCGCUGUUCAUUUCAAAUCGCGAGCAAACGCAAGAGCAAAUCAAACAACACGAAGCGCUGCUGAGCGAAAUUCAAAAGUAUCAAACCAAUUUGGAUGAUCUGAAUGCCAAGGGACAGGCGCAAAUCAAGCGCUACGAGUCCAGCACGCCCAGCAUACGUCCCACUGUCGAAUCCCAGCUGCAUAAUAUACAGGAGAGCUACAACUCGCUGCUGCAGACAUCUGUGCAGAUUAAGAAUCGUCUGCUCGAGUCGCUUGCCAAGUUCCAGGAGUACGAGGAUACACUCGAUAACAUUAUGCGCAAUCUGGAGACCUAUGAGCCCAUCAUACAAACCGAGCUGGAUGCACCUGCCACUAGCCUGGAGCUAGCCCAAAGUCAACUCAAGUGCGCCCAGGACAUGCAGCAGAAGCUAAACAAUGAAAAGGCGCGUCUGGCCGCCGCUGUCCAAGCCUGCGAAGCAGCCACCGCCUCCAUAAGCCGUCCCAGCUCACCGCUGGAGACGGCCAUGCACGCCAUACCCGAACGCGAGCUCAUUGUGCGCUCCAAGCUUGAAGAUCUGCUCGACCAGGUGCAAUCCCACUUGGGUGGCUUGACCGCAUCGGUUAGCGAGCUGGAGCAGCAGCAGAAGCAUCGCGCUGAGCUGCAGGAUUGGGUUAAGAAGCAGCAGAGCUCGGUUUCAGAUUGGCUAAUGCGGCCAUGCAAACUGCGUCCGGAGGCAGCGCAACAGGAGCUGGUGUCCAUGAACGAUCUGUUGAACUCCAUUGGCGACAAGCGCUCCCAGUUGAUGCUCGAAAUGACGGGAUCAUUGGGCGAUGAGGAAACGGAUUUGGAUGACAACAUUGACAAACUGGAGUCGGAGCUCAUGGACGCCAUUGCCAAGAAGCAGGCAGGCCAGAAUGUUAUCGAAGGCUAUCGCCAGGGCAUGCAGGAUGUGCAGAACUGGUUUGACAGCCUGAUCAAGCGCAUGGACGUGCUGGAUCGCGGCUCCGGACUGAACUGUGCACAGAAGAUGGCGGCAAUUAAUGAGAUACGCAAUGAGUAUGAGCUGCAGGGUCAUCCCAAGAUACAGGAGCUGAAGGGCAAGGCAGCGCAAGUGGCUGAGGUCAUAAGCAAUCUGGAUGGCCAGCAAGUGGAGGAGCAAAUGAAAUCGCUGGAUCGUCGCUUUGCGGAUCUGGGCAAGCGGAUUGAGCGCAAGGUGCAGCUGCUGGAUGUGACCAACAAGGGCGUGGAUGGCGCCAAGGCCGAGAUUGAUCAGCUGCAAAAGUGGGUGAAGCAACAAAUCGAAGAAGUGCAGGCGCCAACAGCGCUUGGAUUUACGCCCAAGGACGCCGAGGCGCGUCAGCAGCGCAUCAAGAGUCUGAUGAAGGAUGCCGAGGCAAAGCAAUCGCUGGCCGAUGUGCUGGAGAAGCGCAUUGCCAAUAUGCAGUCCGAGCUGGAGCCGGCCGAGCAUGCACAGCUGGAGUCGGCGCUACGUAAUCUGAACAGCGAGAAUCGCAAUUUGUGCACAGUGCUGAAGUCGGAGCUGGAGCGUGCGCUGGAUGCGAGCAAGGCACGCAAAGCGCUCGAAAACGAUUUGGACAAAGCGCGUCAAUGGCUCAAGUCGAAGAUUAGCGAAGUGCGCAAGUUGCCAGUGUAUCAUCCGCUAAGCUCAGCAGAGAUUGAAAAGAAGAUACAAGAGAAUCGCAAAUACGAUGAUGAUGCCAAGCAGUUCAACGACAGCGUCCUGAGCGAUGUGCAGCGCCAGGCUGCAAAUAUAAUGAAGGACUGCGGCGAUGCGGACAAGGCGGCGCUGCAAAAGAUGCUGGACGAAUUGGCAGCCGACUAUCAGACAUUGAAGGAGGAGAGCGGCAAGCGUGGCAAGUCGCUGGAUGAUCUGCUGCAAGGUCGCCAGGGCUUUGAGUCAGCGAUGAAGCAAAUGAACGAUUGGCUGAACGAAAUGGAAACCGCUACCGAGUGCGAGCUACGCACCACCAGUCUGCCCGUGCUCGAGGAGCAAUUGACGCACUACAAGAAGCUGCUGCAGAAUGCGCAGCAAAUGGGCGGACUCAUCAACGAUGUGUCCGAGCAGGGCAAAAGCAUUUUGCCUACGCUCAGCAAUGCCGACAAGCUGAAGUUGAAUGAUGACAUCAAAAGCAUGAAGGAUCGCUAUGCACGCAUUAAGCAAACCAUAGACGAUCGCAAUGCUGCGCUUGCAGAACAUAUAAAGAAGUACAAGGAUGCCAAGAAUAGACUUGCCGACUGCAGUCAAUUCUUGGGCAGCAUACAGCAGCGUCUGCGUGAGCUGAAUCGUCCCAUUGGCUCGAGAAUUGAAGAUGUGCAAGAUUUGCUGGGCGCCUAUGAGGGCAUACUGAAGGAGCUCAAGGACAGCAAGAGCAAAAUGGGUGACAUGCAAAUGGAUGAUUUGCCGGAGCUGCAGAGCAUCUUGGCGCAGCAGGAUGACAUGAUCAAGCUCAUCGAGGAUCAGCUGGCGCACUUGCGUCAGCUGCUGCUGCUGCGUGAACAGUUCAUAGCGUUGAUCAAUGAGAUCAUUGCGUUCAUUAUGAAAUACACUGAUGUCAUCAUCGAUAUUGAGAACUCGCCGGAUAGCCUCGAGGAUAAGAUUAACAAAUACGACAAUGUUAUUGUCAAAAUACAAGAGUGCGAGGGGCUGCUUGCCUCUGCCUAUGACAAGGGCCAAAAGAUUGCCUCCGAGGGCAAUGCGGCGGACAAAAACAGCAUCACCGAGCAGCUGCAAUCGCUAAAGAAUCAGCUGCAAAAUUUGCGCAAGGCUGUCGAGUCACAACGCCAGAAGCAUCAGCUGCAGCUGGAGUCGCACAAGAAGAUGGCCGCCGAGCUAAGCGAUAUAUUGGAUUGGCAGUGGUCGACAAGAUCGGGCGCUUGCCAAAGUACGCGUCCCGCUCUGCGAUCGCGAUACGUAGAGUCUGGCGAGCGUGAGCUCGCAAAAGCAUCCAAACACAUAUGCCGGCGAUAUUGA